AUGGCGAAGGUUGCUGAGGAAAUCGAAAGGCGUAAACUUUUGAGAGAAUCUAAUGUGUUCUUCGAUCUCAACCAGUCCCAAGCUCCAGGCCCUGAAGCUUAUUUUCAGGAUAUUAGGGCCCUCGGAGGCACUAAUCUUGAUGAAUAUCGCGCAAACAUUACUAUCGAAUCCGACCAAAAACCCUGGAGACAAGUCAUUCUCCAACACGCCAACUUCCUCAGCGCGAAGGCUCGUCGAUGUCUCGAACAGGAUAAAAACGAGGCUGGUUGGCGUUUGCUUGUUGAACCGGCUGUCAUCGCCCGAUUCGGCAUCGAGGUUGCUUGGUAA